AUGAGUUUCCACGCAAGUGCCGCAAACAUCCGCCUUGAGGACGACCACUUCCUCGUCGCCGAGCUGCAGAACGAAGACGGCGACUACGUCGAGGCCCGUUUUGACCUGGAUGAGAUCCUGGGAAAUUCCGAUGGGCAGUUUGAAUGGGAAGGGGCCGGGUUCAGCGGCAGUGCCUCGGACAUCAGCCUUGAGCUCGAGGGAGACGACAGCGUGCCUGUUCUGCGUGCGACAUUGAACAAUGCAGAGGACGAGCCGAUUGAGGCGAAUGUAAACCUGUCUGAGCGGCUUGGUAAUAACAAUGGGUCCUUUGACUUUUCUUGA